ACAUCAAAUAUAAAAGGAAGAAUUAAUUUUUUUGCGUCAAUCGUUAUUGUAUGGAAAGAAAAUUUUUUUUUUAUAUCUUUACCUUGUAUUAUAAUAAGCAGUAAAUUAACGCUUCAAACUCUUUCAAUUCUUUUAAUUUGUUUUUUUUCUUUUUAUUUCUUUCCUGAAAAAAUAAAAUUUGUUGACAAUUAAUCAUUGAAUAAUUGCCUGUAGAUAUAAUAUAAUUAUAUAUAACAUAUUAUUAUAAGCCUAAUUUUAGAAAUUAAUUCUAAACUAAAUAAUGCUUAAAAUAUAUAUGCCUAGAGCAUGAUAAACCUGAAUUUUUUGGAUUUAAAUACAUAUAAGUACAUGUGUGUGUGUGUGUGUGUGUGUGUGUGUGUGUGUAAUAUUAAUAAUAAAAUAAUUAAUUAAUUAAUAAAGUCACUUACCACAAUUAUUACAAAGAUCUUUGAAUAAAAAAACCUUUGACACGCAAUUUGCAAUAAGAUCUUCGCAAAAUUCUUUGAUGUCAAAAUCGAGAACUGUCACACCACGUGAACUGUCAAGAUAUAUGUAUACUGAUAGUGGAAGUUACUCUUGCAAUACGAAGUAAGCGCAGCGAGAUAUUAAUCAGCAUCGCAGAAAGUCGAUAUGUUGACAAGAAAAAGAAGAAGAAGAAGAAGUGACAAACGGCCAUUAAAGAUAAACAUGGGAGAAAAUUCAUCAGACAUUGAUAUCGAUAUGGAAGACGACGACGUAUUUUCAGUUGAAAAAGAUAAAAACGAACGUCCAAAACUAUCUGCUGCAACACGCAUUCGACCGGAACACGCGGAGAGGUCUUACUCCAAACGGACCGAUCGCGUUGUUAUCAAUGAUGGACAACCUAAUAAAACAGCCGGUCCUCAAACCGAAGGAACCAAUGUUCCUCUCGCGGACCGUCUUCAGCGGGCAGAUCUUCGCGCUGAUGCCGCCGGACAAUGUGAUCCUCCGCGAGCGAAUUCUCGUGCCGAACCUCAAAAUAAUCAUGACGCUGAUUAUCACGAAAAUCCUCAACUGCCUGAUAUUCCAAAUCGAAGACGUAGAGGAACCCGAGCGGGCGCAUAUCGACAGCAGCAACGCUUUAUGCGUUUUUUGUUUCAACUAAGUCACGCUCAUGUGAACUGGGGACGGCCAAGACAGUAUUCGGCUCGACGAUAAAUUAAAUUAUUUAAUCAUCAAUCAAUUAAUUAUAUUAUUCUAAUAAAUUAAAUUAUUCAAUUA